AUGGCUACGUCCGAGCCAGAGGCAUAUGCCUCAGUGGUCAACCAUUCACAAGGAAACGCGCUCGCGCGCAUUAUCUCGAGCGCGUCCCAGCUCUCAAGACGGCAAUCCAACAGGGUAUACGACAGUUCAGACGAAGAAGACCGGGAACCAAUUUCCAAUGACUGGAAUAUGAUGCCAGAGAUCAAGGCGCUGCAGCAGCAGGGAGAGAAGGAUCAAGUCAAACGGCGAAAGCUUGGAGUCACAUGGACGAACCUGACCGUGAAGGGGGUCGGUGCGGAUGCAGCCAUCAAUGAGAACGUGGGUUCACAAUUCAACAUUCCACGAGCGAUCAAGGAAGGAAGACAUGGAGCCCCACUGAAGACAAUUCUGGAGGAUAACCAUGGAUGUGUCAAGCCAGGCGAGAUGCUUCUUGUUCUCGGACGACCUGGAGCUGGAUGCACAACUCUUCUCAAGAUGCUUGCGAACAGGAGGCUUGGGUACGCAGAAGUUACUGGGGAUGUCCACUGGGGUUCUCUCGACGCUAAAGGGGCCGAACAGUACCGGGGCCAAAUCGUUAUGAACACGGAGGAGGAACUUUUCUUCCCAACCCUCACUGUAGGACAAACCAUCGACUUCGCCACGCGCAUGAAGGUACCAUUCAAUUUACCUUCCAAUCAAGGAUCGCCUGAGGACUUCCAAAUAGAGAGCAGAGACUUCUUGUUGAGGUCAAUGGGCAUUUCCCACACGCAUGAUACCAAGGUCGGCAAUGAAUACGUUCGCGGAGUUUCCGGAGGAGAACGAAAGCGAGUCAGCAUCAUCGAGGCUCUUGCGACGAGAGGCAGUGUAUACUGCUGGGAUAAUAGUACCCGGGGUCUGGAUGCCAGCACGGCACUCGAGUACACCAAGGCUAUGCGAGCCUUGACAGACAUUUUCGGCCUCGCUUCUAUCAUCACCCUGUACCAAGCGGGCAAUGGCAUUUACAAUCUGUUCGACAAGGUUUUGGUUAUUGACGAAGGCAAGGAAAUCUAUUACGGUCCAAUGAGGGAAGCAAGACCAUUCAUGGAGGGCCUGGGAUUCUACUGCGAUGACGGAGCAAAUGUUGGAGACUUCUUGACCGGUGUUACCGUUCCAUCAGAAAGGAAAAUCAAGCCUGGAUUCGAGGAAUCAUUUCCUAGGACCGCAGAGGACAUCCGGCAACGUUAUGUCAAGUCAAGCAUCAAGACGAACAUGGAAGCCGAAUACACUUUCCCAACCAGCGACGAAGCGAAGAUAGGCACAGAAGAUUUCAGAGAGAGUGUUCAACACGAGAAACACAAGAGCCUGCCCAAGAAAUCGCCUCUCACUGUCAGCUUCAUCACUCAGGUCAAGGCUGCUGUCACUCGUCAGUACCAAAUCCUUGGGGGGAACAAGGCAACCUUUCUUAUUAAGCAAAUCUCGACACUGAUUCAGGCCCUGGUCUCAGGCUCACUCUUUUACAAUGCUCCAAACAACUCAGCUGGUCUCUUCGUCAAGUCCGGUGCACUCUUCUUUGCUCUGCUGUUCAAUUCUCUGCUGGCAAUGUCAGAAGUCACGGACUCGUUCUCUGGCCGUCCAGUCCUCGCGAAACACAAAUCAUUCGCUCUUUACCAUCCUGCUGCAUUCUGCAUAGCCCAGAUAACGGCAGAUAUCCCGGUUCUCCUCUUUCAGGUUUCAAUAUUCUCUGUCGUACUAUAUUUCAUGGUCGGAUUGACAAUGGAGGCUGGCGCUUUCUUCACCUUCUGGAUUAUCGUCUUUGCAACUGCCAUGUGUAUGACUGCUUUAUUUAGAGCUAUCGGUGCAGCAUUCAGCACAUUCGACGGAGCGAGCAAGGUUUCUGGAUUUAUGAUUGCUGCUUUGAUCAUGUAUACUGGAUAUAUGAUCAAAAAACCCGCAAUGCAUCCUUGGUUUGUGUGGAUCUAUUGGAUUGAUCCAUUAGCCUACGGCUUUUCUGCCAUUUUGGCGAAUGAAUUCAAGAAUAAAAUCAUUCCUUGCGUUGGAAACAACCUCGUUCCCAACGGUGAAGGCUACACAAACCCGCUUCACCAAGCUUGUAGCGGUGUCGGAGGCGCUGUAGCCGGCAGUACAAGCCUUACUGGAGACCAAUAUCUUGCUUCUCUCUCGUACUCAGUCUCAAACAUAUGGCGAAAUUUCGGUAUCCUAUGGGCUUUUUGGGUUCUCUUCGUCGCCGUCACGAUCUACUCGACCAGCAAUUGGAAAUCACAAUCUGGCAACAGCGGAUUCCUCUUGAUUCCUCGAGAAAAGGCCAAGAAGAACAUGAAGCAUCUGACUCAGGAUGAGGAAUCUGGGACCGCUGUUUCCCAGCCAGUUGAGGAGGAGAAGGCACCGGUUCAAUCAAGUGGCUCAUCUUCCGAGGGUACCAUGGCCACCGAAGAGCAAUUGGUCCGCAACACUUCAGUGUUUACUUGGAAGAACCUCACAUACACCGUCAAGACACCAUCUGGCGAUCGUGUUCUCUUGGAUAAUGUACAAGGUUGGGUCAAGCCUGGUAUGCUGGGGGCACUUAUGGGCUCAUCCGGAGCCGGAAAGACUACCCUGCUCGAUGUUCUCGCGCAACGAAAGACGGAUGGUACUAUCAAGGGCUCCAUUCUCGUCGAUGGCCGCCCGCUUUCCGUCUCAUUCCAGCGUUCAGCUGGUUAUUGCGAACAACUUGAUGUUCAUGAGCCGCUUGCUACAGUCAGAGAAGCCCUUGAGUUCUCUGCUCUCCUCCGCCAGCCACGAACAACACCGAGAGAGGAGAAGCUCAAGUAUGUUGAUACAAUUGUUGAUUUGCUCGAGAUGCACGACAUUGAGAAUACUCUCAUCGGAACAACAGGAGCUGGCCUAUCAGUCGAACAAAGAAAGCGACUCACCAUCGGUGUGGAACUCGUCUCGAAGCCCAGCAUUCUCAUCUUCCUGGACGAACCCACUUCUGGUCUCGACGGACAGGCAGCGUUCAACAUCGUCCGAUUCUUGAGGAAGCUCGCAGAUGUUGGUCAAGCCGUCCUUGUCACCAUCCAUCAACCGAGUGCCCAACUGUUCCUCCAAUUUGACAGCCUGCUCCUCCUCGCCAAGGGAGGCAAGACUGUCUACUUCGGCGACAUCGGUGAGAACGCCACAACCCUCAAAGAAUACUUCGCUCGCUACGAUGCCCCCUGUCCCAAAGAUGCCAAUCCCGCCGAGCACAUGAUCGAUGUGGUAUCAGGAUCCCUCUCCCAAGGCAAAGACUGGAACCAAGUCUGGCUCGACUCCCCAGAACACAAGCAAACCGUCGAAGAACUUGACAGCAUCAUCGCCAACGCCGCAGCAAAGGAGGCCGGCACCAAAGACGAUGGCUUUGAAUUCGCCAUGCCGCUCUGGGAACAAACGAAGAUCGUAACGCAACGGAUGAAUGUCUCUAUCUGGCGGAAUACAGACUACAUCAACAACAAGUUCGCCUUGCACAUUGGCUCUGCGCUCUUCAACGGCUUCUCUUUCUGGAUGAUAGGCGACACGGUUGCUGAUCUCCAACUCCGGUUGUUUACUGUCUUCAACUUCAUCUUCGUGGCCCCUGGUGUGAUCGCACAGCUCCAGCCUUUGUUUAUCGAACGAAGAGAUAUUUACGAGACGCGAGAGAAGAAGUCAAAAAUGUACUCCUGGAUCGCAUUCGUAACCGGUCUCAUCGUCUCCGAGCUGCCCUACCUCUGCGUCUGCGCCGUCUUAUAUUUCGUCUGCUGGUACUACACCGUCGGCUUCCCCACUGACUCCAACAAAGCCGGCGCCACCCUAUUCGUCAUGCUAAUGUACGAAUUCGUGUACACUGGGAUCGGACAAUUCAUCGCUGCCUAUGCUCCCAACGCUGUCUUCGCUUCUCUCGCUAAUCCCGUGAUCAUCGGAACGCUUGUCUCAUUCUGUGGUGUCUUGGUCCCAUAUGCACAGAUCCAACCGUUCUGGAGAUACUGGAUCUACUAUCUCAAUCCGUUUAACUACCUCAUGGGCUCCCUGCUCACUUUCACCACUUUCUCGGCGGCUGUUCACUGCGCAGAAGCAGAAUUCGCUAUCUUUGAUCCACCGUCUGGACAAACGUGUCAACAGUAUCUGGGCCCGUAUCAGAUGGGCAUGGGUGCUAGAACGAAUUUGAUAAAUCCGGAUGCGACAAGUGCGUGUCGGGUUUGUGAGUACAGGAGUGGAAGUGAUUAUCUUUAUACGAUUAAUUUGCAGGACUAUUACUAUGGUUGGAGGGAUGCAGGGAUUGUGGUGUUGUUUGCGGUUAGCAGUUACGCGAUGGUUUAUUUGUUAAUGAAGUUGAGGACGAAGAGGAGUAAGACGGCGGAGUAA